AUGCUUCAAACAAUUUAUUCUUACAAUCAGCUUGAAAAGAUUACCGCUUAAGCAAACGAGCUUGAAGCAUUAAUGAUAAAUUUUAUAAAAUAUCCAUUGAAAAGCAAGGAGAUCUUAACCCUCUCAGAAUAAAUUACAAAAUUUUCUGUGUUGAAGGAGCUUUACAUAAAUUUCUAAGAAUGUUUAAUAGGUUCAGAUGGAGUUCAUAGCUUGAUGCAUUUUUUAAACGGUAUGCCUGGUUUAGAAAAUAUAUCAAUAAACCUAAUGUUCAACAAAAUAAGAUAAGAAGGAGUUUAGGAAUUAGUGUAAGGUCUGAACAAGUGUGAGAAUCUAAGAAAGCUUAUGAUCAAUAUCAGCGAUAACUAAAUUGGGAGUGAAGGUAUUAAGAUAUUCACAUCGAAUUUUAUUCCAUGUAGAAAAAUAGAAAACCUUUCAAUAAAUCUAGAGAACAACUAAAUCUUGUAAUCUAAUAUAAGUGGAUUGACAAAAAUAUUAAACGGAAUAGAGUAAUGCUUAAACCUGCAAUCUCUCAACCUCAACUUGGCUAACAAUUAGUUAGCAGAAAUCGGAGCGCAAUCGAUUUCUACCACUUUGUAGAACUGCCCAAACCUUAUUUCCUUAUCACUUAAUUUGUGGUUUAACAAAAUAAAGUCAAUAGGUGCUAGACAUCUUGCUCAGGGCAUUUAGUAUUGUUUCAAACUUCAAACACUUUUCUUAAAUUUAGAAUACAAUUAGCUUGAAGACGAAGGUGUUUUGUAGAUAUCUGAUUCAUUUAAAAGUCUUUGUUUUUUAACAAAACUUACUUUACUUUUAUGGGGUAAUUAAAUUAAAUUCAAUGGAAUUUCUGUUUUGUCAUAGGCGAUUUCUAAACUGAAAAUACUUAAAAGCCUCAAUCUUGGAUUUGAAGAAAAUGAAAUUUGUAGAGAAGGUUCAAAACAACUGUCUUAAGCAAUCAAAAAAAACACAGAAUUACAAUUUCUUUAGCUCAACUUUUGGUUUAGCACUUUUGAUGAGUACAGCUGCCAAGAAAUUUCAAAGGGUUUUAAAUAUUGCUAAAAUUUAGUUAGUAUUUGCAUCAGCUUAAAUAAUAAUAAGAUUAGAUAAGAAGGAGUUAAAUCUAUUGUUGAUGGAUUAAUUGAAUGCAAAUCUUUGGAUUAGCUGAAUUUAAAUAUAGAAGGCAAUGGAGUAGGAGUUGAAGGUGUUCUAGAACUUUUAAGGUUAUUUUAAAAUUUAUAUAGCCUUAGAGAUGUUUGCUUGAAUUUAGGAUUAAACUAAAUUGGAGAGUAAGGAUGCGCUGUUUUAAGUGAAGCUCUUUAACACUUAAAGUAUUUAAAAAAAUUACAGCUAAAAUUAUAGGGAAAUUCAAUAAAAGAGACAGGAGUGAAAAUAAUUUAGUUAGGGAUUAACAAUUUAGAAACUAUUUCAAUACUAAAUUUAAAUCUAUAUAAUAAUGAAAUAGGAUGUAAAGGGGUUUACAAUUUUUGUUAAGGUUUGAAAUACAAUAAUAAGUUAAAAUAGCUAAAUAUAGAUCUGAGGUGGAAUUAAAUCAGUUCAGAGUAUAUCACAAAGGUAAAGCAUGUGUUGCGCAAGAUAAAAAGAUUGGUUAUCCUAUAGUCAUAUAUUUGA